AGGCAGAUGUGGUGCAAAUGUCGACUGAUGAAAAAAACACUGACCAUACCUUUUGUCUUGACUGUUAAUUUAUCCCCAGACGUUCUAAUCUAUACUUUCGUUGGUUUCUUCCAGACCUACCUGCUUGUGAUCACGUGACAGUUGAGCAUAACCCAGCCCCAUCAUGAGAGACCUGCUUGUCUUGUUGUGUCUUCUGCCAGCGGCAAUGGCAGCUGCUAUUUCAGUAGAGGACGAACAACCCGAGUACUGUACACCACCAAGCGAUCGUGGAACUGGCGAAGGCGCUUUCACCCACUACUACUUCAACCAGGAGACCGAGUCAUGUGAGCCAUUUACCUACUCAGGUGAAGGCGGUAAUAGGAACAACUUCCGCACAAGGUUCGAGUGCCGAGCAGCUUGUGUUUGUACCCAGGGAGCAGAAAGAGGCAGGCGCGAGAGGUUUUGUCACAAUCAUCAUUACUACGACAUCAAAGACGGCAAAUGCAGGCAAUACCGCUACAGAGGUUGCAACACUAAAGUUAACCGCUUCAGAAGCGAACGAUCCUGCAACAGGAGAUGUGCCAUUGCACGCUGUUUCCUGGACCUGGAAAGAGGAACCUGUGAUGACCGCAUGGAACGUUACUUCUACAACGUCACGGCACAGCAGUGCGAGAAAUUUAACUACAGCGGCUGCAGCAGCAACCUGAACAACUUCGAUACAAUGGAGGAAUGUGACCAAAGCUGCAGCGAACCCAUCAGGGAAAUUGAUAUCCGGACCAAGCGUCACCGCGACUGUUACCUCCCCAAAAAGGAAGGCGUUUGCAAUUCUAGCUUUGAAAGGUUUUAUUUCAAUUCCGAGACAGGUGAAUGCGAGUCUUUCACCUACCGUGGGUGCUAUGGUAACCUUAACAAUUUUAAGACAGAGAUGGGCUGUAGGGAUAAAUGCAUGCCGCCACAACCACGAUUAACAUUUUGGGAAGAGAUGGAAUAGCGUACAUUAUUACUUAGCAGAGGUACAUGUACUGACAGCAAGCUUGGUGCUGCUAGACUCGAGCGCAUUGUA